AUGGCCGCUAAACCAGAGAUUUCUGAUGGUAAAUGCGCUUUCUUCGUAAAGAGGAAGGGUCGUUCCUGUAGAAUGCUAGCAACUAAAGGAUCAAUAUACUGUCCUGAACACUUACUGAAUGAUAAAGAACAAGAAGGAAGCGUUGGAAAGAGAAUUACAUGUCCAUUGGAUUCGUCACACACAGUCUAUGAGAAAGAUAUUAAUAAACAUUUAAAGAAAUGUAACGCAAGCAAGAGGGAAGUGCCAGAUUGUUAUGUAGCUAAUAUUAAUACUGGUAUACCCAAUUAUGUACCACUAAAGGAAGAAACUUGUAAUAUUUCUGAUUUUAGUGAAGGUACAAUGAUGGAGCUGAUGGGACGCAUUGACAAAGCCAUAAAGAAAUUAGAGGUACCAAUAUCAGAGGAUAUAAAGACUCAUAAAGUAUUGGAUGAUGAAAUUAGCAGUGACAGUAAUGGGCUAACUGCACUCAAACAUUUAUUACAACAAUCAUCGAUAAUUGGUCAUUUGGAUUCAUUAGGGUUACUAUCCAGUGAUAGUUUGUUUAUUGAAUUUGGAGCUGGAAGAGGUAAAUUGUCUCAUUGGAUACAGUUAGCAUCAAAUAAUGAUGAAUUGAUUGAUUUUCUAUUAAUUGAUAGAUCAAAUCCUAAAAGAAAGUUUGAUAUGUAUCAUCGGUUCGAUACUCAAGGUCCAAAGUUUGAAAGAUUAUUGAUUGAUAUAGAGCACCUCUACUUAGGUAUAGACUUCAUUGGGGCCAAGUUUACUGUUGGUCUUAAUGAUCACAAAUUUACUUGUACUUGCGAAUCACUGCAAUUUAGAUAA